ACAGAGCAGGAAGUGCCUGUCAACGCCGUCGCUGUUACGUGAAUGAAAAUGCAACCGUGUGUUUGAGAGAGAAACAGCAGCUUUCACUUUGUCUUUAACUUUUUGCAUUUUUAAAAACAGGACUACCCUUAUUUUUUUAGUGAACAUGCGGCUGUGUGCGUCCUGCGCGCUCCUGGGACUUUUGGUUGUUUUGACGGUCUUCGACACCUCAGUAUGCCUGCAGAUGACGGUGCAACCAGACAAAAGCUCAGAAGUAAUGGUGAAAGUGAUCCCCGGGCUGCCGCUGGAUCAGUGUGCUGUGUGUACGGUCAGCGGGGCGAAUGACACACAGACAUCCUGUCAACUGUCUCUGUCUCUGGUCCCUGGGGAGGAGGUAAAACUGCUGUUCAACUGCUCCCAACCUGUUGAACAGGCUUACAAUGUGACCAUCACUCGGACCAUUGAGUGCACUAAGGACGCCUGCAGCCCAACAACAAUAGAAACUCAACCCUCCUUCCUCACAGAGCUCAGCAGAGUCUUCACCUGGGAGCUGAAGGCACCUGAGAAGACAGCUGUGGGUCUGGACGUCCUCGGAGACGGGCUGAUGGAGACGACACAGCCAUGCCCUGAUAGGUUUCAGUAUUUGGUGACCACAGCAAUCGGCACAGGCCAGACACAGUAUUGUCGAGGUGGCUCUGUGACUCGUUUAGACCUGCCCAAUGAAGCUGUUGUGUCUCUGCAAGUUGGAUCAAAGACUCAGGUCGACUCUUUGCUGUUCCAGGUGUCCGCUGGACCUCUAAAGGGCCGAACAAUGGUUGUAACUGUUGAUUCAGGCACCACUGUGGUCGUCAGCCGGGAACCUAAGGGAGAAGAAUGUGAAGUGUGCUCUGUUGAUGGCUCCACCAGAGACUGUAGCCCCACAGAAAAGACACUGACCAACGUUGACAAACUCUCACUGGAGUUCAGCUGCCAGAAACCCGAGGAUGUGUACAGCGUGGAGAUGAAGAAGAAAAUAGCAUGCACUCAGAACUCCUGCACUCCUGCUAUAGGAGAAGUUGAUCCCGACCUCUUUAAGGACUUUAAAAGAUCCCUAACAUGGUACAUUACUCUACCAGAGAAGACUGUAUUAACUCUGGACUUCCCUGGCGGAUUAAAGGAGAUCUCUGAAACAGAAAAUUGCCAAGACGGCUUUCACUACACAGUGAGCACAACUAAAAGUGAUGGAAACAGCAAAAUUAACACCUACUGUAAAGGAGGGACAGUGUCUCGUCUGGAGCUGCUCAGGGCGACGACUGUGACUGUAGACGUGCCCGAAGGAGGUGAACUGGACUCAUUCACUGUCAAAGCAGCACCAAGACGUGGCAGAAUGAUGUUGGUGCAGCCUGAUCCUGACACCAUCAUUACCAUCAACAGGCCGACCAGCGAGCUAGAGUGCAGUGUGUGUGAGAACAAGGAGCCCACACCAAUAUGCAAACUGAAUUCUCUCACCCUGGAAGAUCCUCGCAACACCUCAGUAGAGUUCACCUGUCCUCAGCCUCAGGAUCUUUACACUGUGGAGAUCAACAGAGAUAUUGACUGCACAGAGAGCGCCUGUUCUGGAAACAUUGUUCAGGCCGAGUCCUCACUGUUCCCAGACUUCAACCGGACCUUCAUCUGGUAUCUGAAAGUCGUCACCACUCGGGCCUUCCAACUGGACUUCCCAGAACCAGGGAUGCGACAGAUUCCCAACGAAGAGACCUGUCCAGACGAGCACACAUACUCUCUUGUCACCUAUCUGCGCACAGGACCAGCAACCAUUGGUACCUUUUGUAAAGGAGGACCUGUGACUACCGUCCUGGCUCGCUAUAAGGGCCAUGUGUCUCUGAAGGUGCCUGGGAACAGGAAAUUGGACCCCGUUGACUUUAAACUCAAUGUUGGGCCUGAGACCAGCAUGGCGGCCAUAGUGAAAGUCAACCUACCUCGAGGCUUGUCGGACACAGACUUCAUCACAGCCAACUAUCCUGGUGAUUUCCCUGACAACCAGCAGAUGCAGUGGGACUUCAUAGUGCCUGGCAUGCACAACUACACCAUGAAGUUCCUGGAUCAAACAGCUCCAGAGUGCCUUAACAAAAAAGUGGAGGUGGAGUACCAGAAAGAGAACAAGAAGGUGACCAAACUGUCUCUGACGGAUCCUCAGCCGCAGCAUCAGCAGGGCGACUUCAGCAUGGUGCUGAAGAACUGUGAGACCAACAAGACGCUGCAGGGACUCACCCUCAACUACAGAGUCUCUGUAAUGAGGAGUGGACAUCCAGUUGUGUCUAAGGUGGAUCUAACCAAACACCCAGGAGUGUCCCUGCAGAUAGAGAAAGUGGGUACUGAUCCUUACUGUGAGAUGUCCAUCAACUCUAAGGUUGAAACGAAGAUAAAUGUGCCUGCAGGCACAAAGGCCACCCUCUCCUUCCUCGACUGUCCCAAUGAAGAUGUGCGCCUCACUGCCAGUAAAGUCAUCGGGUGCCAAAAUGUGACAUCCUGCCCUGCAACUCCCCUCACUGUGCCCAAACUGAGCUCCUGGCUACCAAUGCCCCUUCACAGCUUCACCUGGCACCUCACCAUCCCUCAGGACGGUACCGUGGAUCUGAUGUCGCCCACAGGGAGUCUCCGACAGUCACUGCCCGGCCAGGAGUGUAAUCAGUCUGUGCGUGUGGCAGAGGGUGAUGGGUUUUCUAUUGGAGAUUUCUGCCAUAAUGGAAUGAUCCAGAAAGUUCAGGUGCACGCCAACGUCUCAGUCACAGCCACAGUCCCGGACUUCAGCAAGAUCAGGGGGGCUUUUCUCAAUGCCAGCUUCAGUGAGGAGAUCCGAGAGACCAUUAUCUACAGAGUCAGUCCAAAGGUGUCAUCGCCGACCCUGCUGGCCACCCCCAGCUGGCCUCAGGGUAUGAAGCCUUCCUCCACCGUCUCAUGGAUUGUCUCUUUGCCGAGCCAAUACAAGGCCCUCUUGCAGUUCGUCAAUAUCAGCCAGCCCAAAUGUGCAGACAGGCACACAGCCAUCAAGGUAAAGAUGCUGGGGUACGAGGAGGAGCUCAUGAGCCGCAGGGAGGACCAGGAGGCUGAGAACAAGCUGGAGGUGCCGAAUAGUUUCUAUCUCAACAUGUCCAACUGUAUACCAGAGGAGGACCAAUUUGGCGCGGUGACCAAAAUCGUCCUGCAGAAGAAGAUCAAUCUCUUGGCCAUUGUCCUGGGGAUAGCAGGAGUCCUUUUGCUUUUGCUCAUCGUGCUGGCUGCUGUAUGCAUCGUCACAAAGAAAAAGAAAAGAGACAGAAACAAGCAGUCGUCCAUCUACAUCUCCGGAGGGAAUAUCUUCCGCCCAGGUGACAGGCACUUCAGCAAAUCUCGGUCUGACAAUGAAUCCCACGUCUACGCCUCCAUAGAUGACACGAUGGUGUAUGGCCACCUGCUGGGUGACUCCAGCUAUGCCGACAGCAUUCAGGACAACUUCAAUGGGAUGCAGACGGACUCUUACAAAACAUUUACAGGCCCCACUGAUGCACAGCUGCCUGUAAUCAAUGAACCGGACAAUGAGCCUGAGAUGGACCAGUUCAAUACAUUCCUGAACCCGUCGGACUCUUUCCUCCCGCCCCGUCCACGCACUCCCAUUGACCGGCAGGACAGCCUCGGCUUCCAGGACCGCAGGAUGGUGGAUAAUGAACUGUACACGUUCAAGAGUACAGGGGACAUAAAUACGAUCCGGCUCUCUGGUGCUGACAUGGAACCACAGCCGCCUGUAACAGAGGACUCAUUGUAGUGUGUCAGGACUGUAGCUGCAUGAUGGGCUGCUGUUACUGAAUUGUCAUUACAGCACCGAGUAUCUCCAGACUGCACGGAUGUGAACUUCUGUGCCUCGAUCACACUCAGGGAAUCUGAGAUCGAUGAGCUUCUGAAUGUGAUGUGUUCAUCGUCUUGUCAGAACUCAGUCAUUUCAAGGUUCAAGACUCGAAGCUGUGAUCCUCUUCUUUAAAGGAAGUUUGGCAUUUUGGGGGAUACUUUUUUAGUGUUUUGCUGAGAGUUAGAGGAGAACAUUGAUUUCAAUCUCAUUCAUGUCCAGUAAAUCUAAAACUCCAGCCAGCAGCUUGUUAGCUAAGCUUAGCAUAAAGACUGGAAUCAAUGGGAAACAGAUAGCUUGACUCUAUCUAAAGAUAACAAAAUCUACCCACCAGCAACACCUCAUUUACACAGCUCUGAAUGUGCAUGUGUGUCAACUGGAAGUCCAUUCAUUCCCAUGAAAAUCUCUGUUAUCUGCAAUGUGUUAGUGAAACUCCUUUUCUUCAGUCCGCAAUUUGCCUCAGGUAUGUUGAAAAAAACUGAGCUGUCGCGGCAGAUUUCGAACAGACUGUAUGCACUGUGCCACAGCAGGUUAGCAUAAAAAGAAAUUAGCUAACAGAUUGAUGGAUGUAAUACAACUUAUGCUUUUUUUUCCUAAGUGAAAAGUAUAGAGUCCAUGCAUAGUGAUCAUAUGUCUUUCAACAAAAUAUUUCACACACAUGACAGGUCGACCCACUUAUCUGUUGCCAUGCAUUACUGGUCCUGUUUUUGUCGUCGUACUGCUCCAUGUGCAUAUUUCACAAGAUUAGACAGCAAAGAACACUCACAAUUAACUUUUCUGACAUAUCUGCUGUGGCAUUUCUAGCUAGCUGUAAAGAGAUGCAUUUCCUUACGUUGAACACUAGGGGCAUACUCUAUAUAUUACACAGAAGUACAUACACAUUAGGCAUAAAACUCAUACAGAUUAAACAAAUGAGCAUUAUGCUGUGUUCAUACUACAGAUGUUACAGCAACAAUGUUGCCAGCUACAUGAUCACUGGCCUAGCUAGCUAGCUAGGUCGUCAUGGGCUUGUUUGUGUCUGCUGCUUGCAACAAAGCACCUCAACUGAACAUCAUUUAAAGUUUGAAAUUGAUCAAAAGCAGAGAAACUUUUUGACCAAAUAUAGAGUUUGUAGCCUCAUGUCAGUUACUUCCAUUGAAAAGUACUUGUAGCCUGUUGCUUUGUCGCUCAUACUGUGAACAUAGCAUUAGAGAUCCUGGAAGGUAGAUUUUGUUUCCUUUGGACGGAAUCAGGAUUGCUGCUUUCCAGGGUGCCAUGCCGUUGUUCCGAUGGCCCAAAUUUCCGAAGCCUCAGCAGUCCAAAAAAAUGUGCCAUUGUACCGCAAGCCCAUUUCUUCGACAGCCCAUUGUCUCAAAAACAAACGCUCAUUGCUUCAAAGCCCUGUUUCUCCACAAAUACACACUCCCCGUUCAGAUUCUCAGUGGCUCUUGACCAACUACACCUGUUUUUUUUUUUUAAGCCAAAACAUGAUAUUUUUCUGUGCCUAAACCUAACCAAACAUUUACUACGGUGUUGUUAAAAAUUCUGUCAAUUGGGUUGUGUGACUGCAGGGAGUGUUUAUUUCCUAAGAAACAGGACUUCAGAGCAAUGGGUGUUCAUUUUUGGGAUAACAGGCCGUUGGCAGAAUGGGCUUUUGGUCCAGUGGGACAUCUUUCAGACUGACAGGGCUUCGGAAUUUUGGGCUAUCGGAACAACCGGCAGUCCCUGUUUCCAGCCUUCGUGCUAAGCUUAGCUUAUGAUCUGGAGGCUGUAUCGUACCAUACAAACAUGAAAGUUAUAUCAAUCUUUUCAUUUAAGUUUGAGCAUGAAAGCAACAAAAAAUGUCAAACUAUUCCUUUAAUAUUUGAUUGUUUAGUUUUAUUAAAUCUCUGUCCACGUGGCAUGGAUUCAGCAGCAGGGACUAUGAAAAAAAUGUGCUAGUCCUUGUUUAAAUAGUGUUUUUAUAUUGUUUACAUGUUUUGUUUUUAAACAGAUUUGUUUUUUUCUUUACUUGUAGAUAAAAUGUAGGUGUUUUAUUGCAAUAAAUUUUAGGAAAAAGGUCUGGUGGGGACACCGUUCACUUCUUGAGGCAAUGACUGCCAUCACACUUAACUUUCCUUCUCAUGCUGAGACGGUCACUUUUUGCAUGCUGGAUAGUGAAAACAAUUUCAACCACGGGAACUCUGGCCAUGAAAAACAGUGACGCGAAUGAGGGUGUGGAAGACUUAAGACUGCGGAGCUGCAGCCAGUGUUUACCAUGGAGAAGUGUUUUUACUGGAAACAACAAAUGCAGGAGCCAGGAUUACAUAGUUGCGCCACAUUUCUUGCAGCUGCAGAUGUUACAUUUAAAAAUAAAGUCUGCAUUUCUUUACUGAGCCUUUUGACUGUCUGGAACAGCAUUUUGAUAUUUUGGGAAAUGCACACUUU